AUGGAAUUACUUUCGGACCAAGGCCUGCGGCUAGAUGGUCGACGGGCAAAUGAGUUGCGCCAGAUUCAGUGCAAAAUGGGCGUUUUUAGUCAACCGGAUGGCAGUGCGUAUGUGGAGCAAGGCAACACAAAGGUGCUGGCGGCCGUUUACGGCCCACAUCAGGCGUCGUCAAAGAAGAGCAACUUUGAGGAAGUGAUAGUAAAUUGCCAAUAUAGCAUGGCAACGUUUUCAACUGGGGAACGCAAAAAGAGACCCCGCGGCGAUCGCAAAUCACAAGAAAUGACUAUACAUCUCAAGCAAGCUUUAAGUGCAUCCAUCAAAAUGGAGCUGUAUCCGCGAUCGCAGAUUGACGUGUACAUUGAAGUGUUGCAGGCUGAUGGCGGAAACUAUUGCGCCUCGGUGAAUGCUGCCACGCUUGCACUGAUCGACGCGGGUAUUUGUCUAAAAGAAUACGUUUGUGCGUGUACAGCAUCGCUUGCGAACGGAGAUGUGCCGCUAAUGGACGUGUCCCACCUUGAGGAAACAAGUGGAGGCCCAACGCUUACUGUGGCAUCUUUGCCGAGCAGUGGCAAAAUUGCGUUCAUGGAAAUGUCUCAACGGUUCCACCUGGAUCAUCUACCGAAGGUGUUGGAAACGGCGUUGAAGGGCUGUCGUGAGGUGCAGAACGUCAUUGAUCGAACCGUCCGUGAGCACGUUACGCAUUUGGGACAAGCUGGUGGAUGGGGAAAUGUUAAUAAAUAA